AUGCAGUUUGAAAGAAUAGAGCCAUGGGAGGGACUUGAUAUAGACGACAGUGAUCUCAAAGCAUUCUUAAAAAAGUGCAACUCAACUGCAACGUUGAUACCAGGACCUGCUGGAAAUGUACAAGCGGCCAUGCUAAACAGGCAAACAGAUGAACCUAAGUCAACACAGGAAUUUGUUAAUGACAUUGCAAAGGCAACAUUUGAUCGAGAUUUCAAAUCUAAUCCUUGGAUAUGGGCUGAGAAGUUCAUUAAACACCAUGGACUUGUACAAGAUGGCAACAUUAACAACGUCACCCAGCUAGAACGCGUUAAGUCAAUGCAUGAUCAAAGUACCUCAUUGUCUGCUUCGGUUCACAACAAAGUCCUUCUGCAUCCAGAGUUUGGGCCGGAUAUAGGAGUUGGUGCUGUGUUAUUAUUGCAAAGUGUUGGUGCAUUGAGUUCUUUUGGCAGGAUUUACUAUUUGAAUAUAACAGUCCGGAACGUUGUUAAGGUCUUCAAAGCUGACAUAGGUCCUCCAACUGAGGAACUACUUAACGCUUCAUCAAGACCUGUAAUUCGACCCAACCCAUGUGCCGAAAACAACAACAAAGACAAAGAUGUUGGUCCAUCUGAAAAGGCUUGUCCUUCUCGCUCUAAUAAUAAAACAACAACCACCAUGGAAGAUUGA